GGCAGCUUUCAGCCCCUUGAGUUGUUUCCAUAUUCCCCAAAUAAAGGGAAGGUGUGAACGGCUCCAAACAGUGAAAGAAGAUUCCACAUGUUUCAAAAAAGCAAUUGAGACGGGAAAAGUAUUUUCUAUAGAGCACUUGUCACUAGAAGCCAGAAGCUGAGGGUUUAUAUUCCUUACUCCUCUGCGUGACUGUUAGAUGAAUAAUCUAACAGCUCUGUGAAGUCACCUGCUCCCUUUGCAUAAGAUGCUUACAUUGAAGGUAUUUAUUGCACAGUCGAGAGCUUCCGGAAGCCACCGAGAUGUUGAAGAUGAAGAGCUUACACGAAUCUUUGUUAUGAUACCAAAAUCCUAUACAGAGGAAGAUCUGCGAGAUAAGUUUAAGAUGUACGGAGACAUUGAAUAUUGCAGCAUUAUUAAGAACAAGACCACUGGAGAAAGUAAAGGUUUGGGCUAUGUGCGAUAUUUAAAACCAUCCCAAGCUGCCCGAGCGAUUGAAGAAUGCGAUCGAAGCUACCGGGCCAUUUUGGCUGAACCUAGAAAUAAGUCAUCUGAGUCCUUUGAACACGAAUAUUAUAGUAAUAGCAAUCAUUCAAGGCAGGAACCACGAGGAAAUAUGUUUCCACUUGGUGGGCAGCCAGAGUUUUGUAGUUUUGAAAAAAAUGAGAGCAGAAAUCAGGAGUCAGUUUCCAAACGUCUGUCAGUGGUAUCACGGCUUCCUUUUGUCCAAGAGCAGCUGUCUGCCCUCUUUGAUCUAAUCCCAGGACUGGAGUACUGUGAUAUUCAGAGAGAUCCCCAUACUAAUAAUGGGUAUGCUGUGAUUCAGUAUAGUACUGCUGCCUCAGCUAUAUAUGCCAAGCAUAAAUUACAUGGUUUUGAGUAUCCUCCUGGAAAUCGAUUAACUGUCGCUUUCCUAGAAGAUGGGAGUGAUAGCUCAGAGCUUAUUAGAAGAAUGGCAGCAGAGCUGGUAACAGCGCACAUGUCGUCACUGUUGUGGAAUAAUAAUUCAAUUUCUCAGCAGUGUAGGACACCUCCUCAGGCGUUUGGAGGAACUUCUGGCUCACAGUUACAGCCCCAAACAGAUGCCAUACUUCCACCGCACAAAAAAAAAGUUCCACCUGACAGUUCUGUGAAGGAAAGGCUUUUCAUACUAUUCAAUCCCCAUCCUUUACCUGUAAAUGUAUUGGAGGACGUGUUCUGUCGUUUUGGACACCUGAUAAAAGUUUACCUUGUGGCUGGAAAAAAUGUGGGCUAUGCAAAAUUUGCAGACAGAGCAAGUGCCAGUGAUGCCAUAACUGCGUUACAUGGAAAGGUUGUGAAUGGCGUCAGGCUUAAAGUAAGGUUGGCAGACUCGCCUACAGAAGAAUCUAACAAACGUCAGAGAACUUACUGAGUGGAAACUAAAUAAUGACAUGACCCUCAGCUAGCUGACUGACUGACUGAAAACGUGACUAGACAUGGUUCCUGUGGACAGUGACAGCUUUUUAUUGUUACUUAGUUGAUCUUAUAUAUACGAUAUUUUCUGUUUAAAAAAUGCGGACAUGUAGUUUUAAAAAUUAUCUAGCCAUUUAAAAUUGUAAACUGAUGGUUAUUCUUGUAGUAGUCUGUCAUCUUGUAUUAUAGAAUAAAUCUGUUGUGUUUAACUAAAUCCCUCCUCUGACAUGGAAGUUACAAUGAUGGGGAAAAAAUAAAGGAGUCAGCAUUUUG